CUGGAAUUCUCGGUGAUUUCAUGGAAGGGAAAGAAAACAGUGGAAGAAAGGGUUUUUGAUUAGGGUUUUGCAAGAUGGGAGAAAGGAAAGUGCUCAACAAGUACUACCCGCCGGACUUCGAUCCGUCGAAGCUUCCCAGGGCCCGGCGGCCUAAGAACCAGCAGAUCAAGGUGCGAAUGAUGUUGCCGAUGAGCAUCCGAUGCAAUACUUGCGGCAACUACAUCUACAAGGGUACGAAGUUCAAUUCUCGGAAAGAAGACGUCAUUGGCGAGACGUAUCUGGGAAUCCAAAUAUUCAGAUUCUACUUCAAAUGCACCAAAUGCUCAGCUGAGAUCACAAUGAAGACUGAUCCACAAAAUUCAGAUUAUGUUGUUGAGUCUGGUGCAACACGAAAUUUUGAACCUUGGCGUGCUGAGGAUGAGGAAGCAGAUAAACAGAAACAGAAAAGAGAAACUGAAGAAAUGGGGGAUGCAAUGAAAUCAUUGGAGAACAGAACAAUGGAUUCCAAAAGAGAGAUGGAUAUCCUUGCCGCACUUGAUGAAAUGAAGUCUAUGAGGUCAAGGCAUGCUACUGUGAGUGUUGAAGCAAUGCUUGAGGCCUUGCAGCACACUGCAGCGGAGAAGGAGAAGAAGUUGGAAGGAGAGGAUGAGGCACUUAUAAAAUCAAUUUUCCAGAGACCAAAGGAAGUUGUUCGAAGAAUUUCGGAUGAGGUUUUUGAUGAUGAUGGAGAAUUGACUCAUCUAUCUAGUGGUAAUGGCGAAACAUCAGGCAAUAGUUUGAAGAGGAGAAAGGCCUCAGAAGAAGGCAACCCAACAGAUUCCUUGACAAAAGCCAGUACUCUUGAUGGUUCCAGCAUCAAAGAUGGUUCAAGCAGUUCGGGGGCUCAUAAUGAUACUAAAGUUCCUUUCAGAGCUGCAGUCAAGAUUUCUGUCAUCAAGAAACCGAUUGAUUCUAACAUUCCUUCAAAAUCAGAAGAGAACAAACAGAAGGAAGAGAAAGUUGUUAAUGAUAAAAACGCAGGACUCCAAGUUGUUAAUGAUAAAAACACAGGACUCCAAUCACUUUGCCAAAAUUAUGAAAGUGAUGACGAUUAGUGAGUGAUUUCUUGCUUUCUUUUUUUCUUUUUUUCUUUUUUUCUUUUUUUCUUUUUUUUUUUUAAUUUUGUAUUGUAUUAAACUGAAUAUCUGAUUUCACAUAAAGAAAAUAGAAAAAUCCUAAUGGGGGAAAGUUCCCAGAAAUUUCCAAGCAUCAGGAUAACCCAUGUUUAUGUAUGUGGUUAUCUAACUGAUUGUGUGACUCUGAGAAAAGACCAUUGAUCAAAUAAAUUCUGGAUCCUAUA